GGGGAUAAACCCUAUAUAUGUAAGCAAUGUGGGAAAGCAUUCACUACGCAAAGUUACUGUAAAUUACAUGAGAGAAAGCACACUGGGUGGAAACCCUAUGCAUGUAAGCAGUGUGGGAAAGCAUUCACUUCACACCAUUAUUGUAAAAUACAUGAAAGAAGUCACACUGGAGAGAAACCAUAUGUAUGUAAACAGUGUGGAAAAGCAUACACUACACGAAGUUGUUACAAAAUACAUGAACGAAAUCACACUGGUGAGAAACCCUAUAUAUGUAAACAAUGUGGGAAAGCAUUCACUACACAUAAAUACUGUCAAAUCCAUGAAAUAACUCACACUGGUGAGAAACCAUACGUAUGUAAGCAAUGUGGCAAAGCAUUCAGCAGACACAGUCACUGUCGAAGACAUGAAAGAACUCACACUGGGGAGAAACCUUAUGUAUGUAAACGGUGUGGGAAAGCAUUCACUACACACAGUUAUUGUCAAAUACAUGAAAAAAAUCACAGUGGGGAGAAGCCUUAUGUGUGCAAGCAGUGUGGGAAAGCAUUCAGUACACAGAGUUGGUACAAAAUACAUGAAAGAACUCACACUGGGGAGAAACCCUAUGUAUGUAAAGAAUGUGGGAAAGCAUUCACUACACACAAAUAUUGUCAAAUACAUGAAAGAAGUCACGUGCAGGAGAAAGCCUAUGUAUGUAAGCAAUGUGGGAAAACAUUUACUAAACACAUUUAUUGUCAGAUACAUGAAAGAACACACACAGGUGAGAAACCCUAUGUAUGUAAGCAAUGUGGCAAAGGAUUUGCUGAUAAGUCCACAUUUCGUAGACACAGACGAUCCCACACUGGCGAAAAACCCUAUGUAUGUAAGCAAUGUGGGAAAACAUUCAGCACACACAGUCACUGUCAAAGACAUGAAAGAACUCACACUAGGCAGAAACCCUAUGUGUGCAAGCAAUGUGGGAAAGCAUUCAGUACUCUGAGUUGUUAUAAAAUACAUGAAAGAAGUCACCCAAGGGAAAAACCUUAUAUAUGUAAACACUGUGGUAAAGCAUUCAUUACACACAAAUAUUGUCAGAUACAUGAAAGAACCCACACAGGUGAGAAAGCCUUUGUGUGUAAGCAAUGUGGAAAAAGAUUUGCUACUAAGUCCUCAUUCCUUAGACACAGAAGAAUCCACACUGGUAAGCGACCCUAUGUAUGUAAGCAGUGUGGGAAAGCAUUCAUUGAACACAGUUAUUAUAAACUACAUGAAAAUAGUCACAAUGGAGAGUUACCCUAUGUAUGUUAGCAGUGUGAGAAAUCUUUCUGUACACAUGGUAGUUGUAAAAUGCGUAAAUGAGGUCACACUGGGGAGAAAGCCUAUAUACUGCAGCAAUGUGGGAAAUUAUUCAGAAUACACAGAUAUUGUCAAAUACAUGAACGAAGUCACACUAGCGAGAAACCCUAUGUACAUAUUUUUAAAACAUGUGAAAAUUAUUUAUGUAGUGGGGACCUGUAGAAAUAAUAUGAAAAUUUUGUUGUCAAUGUUUCAUAAAUUUUCCAGAAAAUACUGGAAAAUAAUGCCAGAAGGAGAUAUCCUAAAGUGUAUUCAUUGUGUUUUUCAGUAAAUAUAAAUAUCUGAACUAUGUAUCUAUAGUUUUUACUAUAAAAUAUUGAGUUUAUAUAGUCAUAUAUUUUUGUGUAAACCAGUGUCGGUAGUUUAACAUGUAGUGUCUGCUAAUUAAACAAGGUGAAUUAAAAUGUAUUCUUCACUUCCAAAUAGGGUUGGUAUUCAUGCAGUUUUUGUUUUGUUUUGUUUUUACAAUUGGGAGGUACAGGCCAUUAAUUUUGCUAAUCAUUGAGAUUUCCCACUAGAUUUGAUUCAAAUGUUGUUGGGGUAUAUGCUCCAUAUUCUGUGUAACAAAAGAUAUUUUCAAUUUGAUGAGAUGUAUAUUUAAAGACUUGUAAACAUGGGUAGUGGACGGAGUGAGUUCAGGUGUUUUCACACAACUCAUAGAUGAGCAGAUGUUAUUUUUUGUAUCCUGAUAAGAUACCUGCAUAUAUGCCAUCAUAAUUGUGUAUUAUAUCAAGUACAUAAGUUUGCCUACUUUGCUUUCAUGUUGGAAUCAAUACAGUAUUAGCCUUUACAUAAAAUUUAGUGCUUUCUUACCAUCAAAAUUUUAGUUUUCAUACUUAUAUUGUGAGGGCUUUUGAUAUUGUGAUAAUUUUUCCACCUCAUGCACCAAGAAAUAAACCCUACCACUGUGAUUUUCUGAUUGCCACAGACCAGUAGAACCAUAACUUGUCUCCAAAGGGAUCUCAUGAAUUGUAAUAAAUCUCUCCUCCCCAAAAAGUA